AUGUCCACGUCGCUCCCAUUCCGCGAUAUUAAUCUGCUGGUUUCACCAUCUCACUAUGCCUUUUGCUCUCCUUCUUCGGCCUCUGCGCCCACGCUCGUUGUUGAGCGCCCAACAGGAGAGCUGCGACUGGAGAAUGCUUCCGCCCAUGGCGCAAAACGCGUCUCAAGCAUCGCUGGAAUCCUAGGCAUCAUCAAACUGAAGCUGGACAAGUAUAUCAUUGUGAUUUCGAAGACACGACCCAUGGGCAGAUUGCGAGGUCAUAUGGUUUACAAAGCUGUUGCGACGGAAUUUCUCCCCCUACGAGAGAGACCCCUCCAUGACCCCGACGAAGAUGCAUACCUUAAUUUACUCAAACAGUUUCUCCGCGCGGCGCCAAUAUACUUCUCAUACUCCUUGGACAUUACCAACAGUUUCCAGCGCCAAUCGCAAAGCGAUCCCUCCCUCCCCAUGUGGAAACGAGCAGACGACCGGUUCUUCUGGAACAGAUUCAUCCAAACAGAUUUAAUAGACUUUCGAUCGGGGGUGAGCGAUGGAACAGGCGUGCGAUAUGGUCAGCUCUCAGAUGUCGAUCCAUUCAUACUGCCCGUCAUUUUCGGAAUGAUGAACAUAACUGCCACCAAAAUCAAAUCUACACCGUUCACCUUCGCGCUGAUAACCCGAAGAUCCAGACAUCGGGCUGGCACCCGAUACUUUUCACGCGGAAUCAAUGAGCAGGGAAAUGUUUCAAACUAUAACGAAACCGAGCAGGUUGUUAUCCUGAACGAUGCCACUGGUGGCAUGGCAGGGUUCGGGGGUUCUGGAAUGGGUAACGGGAAAGUGGAAGAGAAUGCUGGGAAAGACCUUCAGGUGCUAUCCUUCGUGCAAACUAGAGGCAGCGUCCCGGUUUACUGGACAGAGAUUAGCAAUUUACAUUACACUCCUCAUCUGCAAGUUCGUUCUGUGGAUGUCGCACUGAAUGCUGCACGAAGGCACUUCACCGAACAAAUCCGGAUUUAUGGCGACAACUACCUUGUCAACCUAGUGAACCAGAAGGGAAGAGAAGAGAAGGUUAAAAACGCAUACGAGCAGUUGAUACACACGUUACUCACAUCCUCCACUGAGAAAACAGACGCUGACGCCUUGCCCCCCGAGAAACUACACACUGUGGAGCCGACCCGGCAUACCCAGGAAAUGGAUCGUCUUCACUACGUAUACUUUGACUUCCAUAACGAGACAAAGGGUUUAAAAUGGCACCGUGCUGAACUUUUACUGACCCGUCUAACCGACGGGUUAAUAAAAGGUCAGUAUUUCCGAGGAAUCGAAGCACCAGGCAACAGCUCCGGUCCAUUGGAUAUCCGAACCCUUCAAACCAGUGUCGUACGCACAAACUGCAUGGACUGUCUAGAUCGAACGAACGUGGUGCAGAGUAUGCUAGCUCGAUGGACUCUGACACGCCAAUUCGUCGACGUCGGCGUUCUUCAACCAGGAGAGUCAGCCAGUGAUGACCCAAUGUUCGAAUUCCUAUUCCGCAAUAUGUGGGCGGAUAACGCGGACGUUGUCUCCAAGUUGUAUUCAGGCACUGGGGCUUUGAAGACUGAUUUUACACGAACUGGAGAGCGGACAAAGGCCGGUAUGCUUCAAGAUGGCAGGAACUCACUCCUCAGAUAUAUCCGGAACAACUUCUUCGAUGGCCCAAGGCAAGACGCUUUUGACCUUUUCCUUGGUGCCUAUCUCCUCUCUGAUUCUACGUCUGGUGGCAGUCUCCGGUUGGCAGAUCGAAGGCCAAUAAUUAUCCAGUCAGUUCCAUAUAUACUGGGUGCAAGCAUCUUCAUGAUUGUCGUGGCUACCUUCAGUCGUCGUCUUCCAGACUCUGCAGCCUGGCCAUUGAGGUUAUUCUUCGUAUUCUGGUUAGCCGUUGCGGUAUGGUGUUUGCGAUUUGUAUAUGCCCAUGGGAUGCUUUAUGUUAACUGGCCUAAAUUAAAUACCCCGGCAGCAGCAAUAGAGGGUUGCCUGGAUGCCCUCGCGCACGCCCAUAAUGACAAACUCUUUGGGAAAUUCGUCCCCGCGGCGGGAAGACACCAUCGUGGAUUCAGCAAUGCGCGGGUGGGAUAUAUGGAGGAAGGGAAGAAAAGGAUUGAAUAG